GACGUUUUUCUUGUAUUCGUUAUCCAAUUAUUUGUCUGUUUUUGAUAUACCGGGCAUGUUUUAUUUUUUAUUUGUUCUUAUCAUAUUGUUUAACUCAGAUUUGCUUCGAACACAGCAUUGGUUGGUUUCAUUCAUCCAUAACCGCGCUUCUGAGUGUCUUUCAUUUUUAGAUUCACCGUUGAUCCUGCUUACAUCACCACAUCAAUUAUAUCGCCCCAUUUCAUACUCCUCUCGGGCGAUUGCUCAGCAGAUUCCUAGUUCUCGACGGCCGAUCACCGGAGAAAGACGAAUACCCAUCAACGUCUAUUGCAUUCCUUUGCAUCCAGAACCACGAGCCACAUAUUGUAACGGAUUCUUCAAUCAAUACGUCACAAACAAACCUCAGUAUCUACUGCUGUUCGGCGUUCGCUAUUGUUUGCUCGUAGCGGCACUGGAUAUGUUGAGCAAAUCCACAAAUUAUCCUUUGCUGACCAAACCAAACAUCAUAUGGAUGAGGACCACAAUGAUGAGGAAGUUUCAUGGAGAGAUAAGGUUACAAUAUGGAGAGAUAAGGAAGUUCCUGAUGGGUCCUCAAAUGGUUCAAAGCGAGAUAUAUUUGGUGAUAUGUUCGGUUCAAGUGAGACUCGCUCAAGACAAAAGAUGGUUCAACUACAAGCUUACUCCUAUCCUUAUCGGAUCAACAUCAUCAAACGGAGAAGUGAACAAAUCUCUACAGAUCAUUGAUCUUUCACAAGAGAAGCUUCAGUCUUAUCUUCAACAACUAGUUAUCUAGUCAUGAAGAUUAACGUGCAACAAACAAAGUGAUAGGAUUGUUUACCAUUUACACUGUUAGGAUGUUAAAGAAAGUUGUAUAUAUUUGCUUGUGUUUAACGUGUAUUGGUUAAGCAUGAAACAAUAUUUGUAUUCUUAAUUUUAUCUGAGGAAACAAGAGAAGAAGUGAAAUGUCAAAUGUUUGAACUUUGGAAAUUAAUAUGCUUGGGAUAUUUAGCGA